AUGGGAUCAGGUCGAGUGAUGUGUCUGACCCAGCUGUGGCUGCUGGCUUUUCUGACCUUUUCUUCUCUGACUUUUCUAGCUGAUGGAUCUCCACUGAAGGUGAUGUCUGCCCCCAACUUGUUGCGGGUAGGAACACCAGUAAACAUCUUUGUGGAGUGUCAAGACUGCACCGGGGAUAAUAACAUCACGGUAGAAAUCAUCGUGGUGAACUAUCCAACAAAAACCAAAAGGCUGACAUCCACAUCUGUGACCCUUACUAGGGAAAAGAAAUUCCAGGACUUCGGACAAAUUACUAUCCCUGCUGGAGAAUUUAGUCAAGAUCCUAACAUAAAGCAGUAUGUGUACCUGCAAGCUCAGUUCCCUGAUGUAAAGCUGGAGAAACUCGUCUUAGUGUCCUUUCAGUCCGGGUACAUCUACAUACAGACUGACAAGACCCUCUACACCCCCAACAGCAAAGUUCAUUACAGGAUGUUUGCAGUGACGCCCGCCAUGGAGCCCGUAGAGAGGAAUAAUGAAACUGAUGCUUCUAUUGCCAUUGAGAUUGUGACCCCUGAAGGCAUCAUUUUACCACUUGAUCCAGUGUAUCUGAAAUCAGGGAUGCACUCUGGAGUUCACAAACUCAAUGAAAUUGUCAGUUAUGGACUUUGGAAAGUGGUGGCAAGGUUCCACAGCAAACCACAGCUGAGCUACUCUGCAGAGUUUGAGGUCAAAGAAUACGUGCUGCCCAGUUUUGAGGUUAAACUAAAGGUUGAGAACCCCUUCUUCUAUGUGGACAGCCAAGAGCUCACAGUCAACAUCAAAGCUACGUAUCUGUUUGGUGAAGAUGUGGAUGGGAUGGCCUAUGGGGUAUUUGGGGUUAUGCAUGGGGGUCAAAAAAACAGCUUUCCCAGCUCGCUUCAGAGAGUGCCGAUAAAGGGAGGUAAUGGAGUGGUCACUUUGAAGAGAGAGCACAUCACACAGACUUUUCAAAACAUCAAUGACCUGGUGGGGAGUUACAUAUUUGUAGCUGCUGGUGUGCUGACAGAGAACGGUAGUGAAAUGGUGGAGGCAGAGUUGAGAGGUAUCCAGAUUGUUAAAUCACCUUACACCAUCCACUUCAAGAGAACGUCCAGAUAUUUCAAACCAGGAAUGUCCUUUGACGUUGUGAUUGAAGUUGUACAUCCUGACAGCACUCCGGUACAAGGUGUUGUAGUAGUGGUCGAUCCGGGUAAUGUGCAGGGCCGCACUUCAGCCAAUGGAAUGGCAAGGCUUUCCAUCAAUACAUAUAAAAAUCCUGAACCAUUGAGAGUGACAGCAAAGACCAAGGAUCCUCGUAUUUCAUCUGAAAGACAAGCAUCAGCCAACAUGACAGCUAUCUCAUAUAGCACAAACAGCAACAAUUACCUCCACAUAGGUGUGGAUACAGCUGAAGUAACAUUAGGAGCCAACCUGAAAAUCAGCCUCAACCUCAACAGGCAGGAAAGUACAGAAAAAGACAUCACAUACCUGAUCCUGAGCAGAGGUCAGCUGGUGAAAUAUGGACAUUACAGGAACACAGGUCAAGUGCUGAUAUCCAUGAUAGUUACCAUUACCAAAAACAUGCUGCCAUCAUUCCGCAUCAUAGCCUACUACCAUCCAAAUGACAAUGAAGUGGUAUCAGACUCUGUUUGGGUGGAUGCAGAGGACUCCUGCAUGGGCUCGUUGAAGUUGGAACCAGAAAGACCCCACUCAUCCUAUGAGCCUCGCAAGAUGUUUACUCUGAAAGUCACUGGAGACCCAGGGGCCACAGUGGGACUGGUGGCAGUUGACAAAGGCGUCUACGUCCUAAACAACAAGCACCGUCUCAACCAGAAAAAGGUGUGGGACAUGAUAGAGACGUACGACACAGGCUGCACACCAGGUGGAGGGAAGGAUGGUAUGGGUGUGUUCUACGAUGCUGGGCUGUUGUUUGAGUCCAACACGGCUUCUGGGACUCCCUACAGACAAGAAUUGAAUUGUCCGGUCCCCAGCAGGAGGAAACGAGCUGCAACUAUAAUGGACGUCACAACCACCUUAGCGAGUCAGUAUGAAGACCAACUGCAACGUGACUGUUGUUUGGAUGGCAUGAGGAACACCCCCCUCACAUACACCUGUGAGAGGCGAGCGGAGUACAUCAGUGAUGGUGCAGACUGUGCCGCAGCCUUCCUGCACUGCUGCAAGGAGAUGGAAGCCCAGCGAGCUGAGAUGAAGGAGGAUAGCCUCCUACUGGCUCGGAGUGAGGAGGAUGACAGUUACUUGGACAGCAAUGAAAUUGUUUCUCGCACCAAGUUCCCUGAAAGUUGGCUGUGGACAGAUAUGAAACUGCCUCCUUGCCCUGAGAUCAAACCGAACUGUGACACCACAUCACUGAUGAAAAAUGUUCCUUUGCAAGACUCAAUCACAACCUGGCAGUUCACUGGCAUUAGUCUGUCAAGAACUCACGGUAUCUGUGUGGCUGAACCGUUAGAGGUCAUUGUCCGGAAGAACUUCUUCAUUGAUCUCAGGCUGCCAUACUCUGCUGUCCGUGGAGAACAGCUGGAAGUUAAAGCUGUCCUCCACAACUACAGCCCCAAUCCUGUCACCGUACGUGUGGAUCUCAUGGAUGUGCCACAUGUGUGCAGUGCAGCUUCUAAGCGUGGGAACUAUCGCCAGGAGGUUAAAGUUGGGCCCCAAGCUACAAAAUCUGUACCUUUUAUCAUUAUUCCCACAAAGGAAGGACAAUACCACAUUGAGGUCAAAGCAUCUGUUAAAGACCCAGCAGUCAAUGAUGGAAUCAUAAAGAUGCUGCAGGUGGUGCCUGAAGGUUUACUGAUAAAAUCUCCUCAUAUUGUAACUCUAGAUCCUGCAAAAAAAGGUGUAGAUGGUAAACAAGAAGAAAUUCUCAACAGUGGAAUUCCUAAGCAAUAUUUUGUUCCAAACACACCUACUAGCACACAGAUCUCUGUGACAGGAAAAAGGAAUGCAAAUGAACUAAAGAAUGACAUUAGUGGGAAAUCAAUGGUCAAUCUGAUCAAACAGCCCUCAGGCAGUGGAGAGGAGAACAUGAUCCACAUGACCUUACCUGUUAUUGCAACCACAUAUUUGGACAAAACCAACCAGUGGGAACCUGCGGAGAUUGAGAAACGUAAUGAAGCCCUCCAACACAUCGAAACCGGUUACCAGAAUCAGCUUGCUUACCGUAAAAAUGAUGGUUCUUUUGCUGUGUAUCCUGAUCGUGGAAGUAGCACCUGGCUGACAGCCUAUGUUGCCAAGGUGUUUUCCAUUGCCAGCAAUCUGGUGUCAGUUCAAAGAAAAGACAUCUGUGAUGCUGUUAAGUUUCUGACUCUCAACGUGCAGCAGUCUGACGGAUUUUUUACAGAAGUUGAAGCGGUGUCCCACAGAGAGAUGAUUGGUGAUGUCCACGGCAGAGAUUCAGAUGCCUCCAUGACUGCCUUCUGCCUCAUUGCCAUACAGGAGUCUCGCACACAAUGUGCUGCCACUGUUAAUAGUCUGCAAGGCAGUAUAGACAGAGCAGUGGCCUAUCUGGAAAAGCGUCUUCCCAGCCUAAUCAACCCAUAUGCUGUUGUCAUGGCAUCAUAUGCCCUGGCCAAUGAAAACAAACUGAACCAGGAGAUACUCUUCAAGUUUGCUUCCCCAGAGUUGUCCCACUGGCCGACACCUAUGGGACGUGUUUACACACUGGAGGCCACAGCUUACGCUCUCCUGGCUCUGGUCAAGGCCAAGGCCUUUAAAGAAGCCAGACCUGUAGUGAGAUGGUUCAACACACAGCGAAGAGUGAACGGAGGCUAUGGUUCAACUCAGGCUACUAUAAUAGUGUACCAGGCUAUAGCAGAGUACUGGACUAGUGCUAAAGAACCAGAGUAUGAUCUGAAUGUGGACAUCUUUUUGCCGGGCAGGUCAAAGCCUGACAAGUACAACUUCAACAAUGACAACCACUACGCCACCAGAACAUCUAAAAUAAAAGACAUAAACCGGAAUGUGAAAGUGACUGCCACGGGCACAGGAGAAGCAACGCUGACAAUGGUGUCGCUGUAUUACGCUCUGCCUAAAGAAAAGGAGAGUGACUGUCAGAGGUUUAACUUGUCAGUGCAGCUCUUCCCAGAGAAAAUGGAUGAGGAUGAGAAAAUAUACAAGCUGAAAAUAGAGGUUUUGAACAAGGACAGGGAGAGCAAUGCAUCCAUGUCAAUCUUGGAUAUUGGCUUGCUAACUGGCUUCACUGUGAACACAGACGACCUGAGCUUAUUAUCUAAAGGACGUGCCCGAACCAUUUCAAAAUAUACAGUGAACCCCGCCCAGUCAGAAAGAAGCUCAGUCAUCAUCUACCUGGAUAAGGUUUCUCACACACAACCAGAGGAGAUCACUUUUAGGAUCCAUCAGAAGCUGAAAGUGGGAGUCUUACAACCAGCUGCUGUGUCUGUCUAUGAAUACAACAACCAUCAAUCCAGUAACCAAACCCAUUGUGUGAAAUUCUACCAUCCAGAGAGGAGAGGUGGGCAGCUACUGCGGCUCUGUAGAAAUGAUCAAUGCGAAUGUGCAGAAGAGAACUGCAGUAUGCAGAAGAAGGGCAAUGUCAGCAAUGAUCAACGCACAGCUAAGGCUUGUGAGACUCAAGUGAACAGUAAAAUAGAUUUUGUGUACAAAGUGAGACUGGACAAUUUUACAGAUGGCUUGUCCACUGACAUUUACACAGUGCAGGUACUGGAAGUCAUCAAAGAAGGAAGUAAUGAUGUGGGUCCUAUGGGUAAACAGCGCACAUUUCUCAGUUAUCGGCACUGCAGAGCUGCUUUAGAUCUGAGAACAGGCAAAACUUACCUUAUCAUGGGCGCAUCCAAAGAUAUUUACAGAGACGCACGCAGCGAAUCGUAUCAAUAUGUGCUCGCUGAGAGAACCUGGAUUGAGUACUGGCCCACAGAUGUAGAGUGUAAAACUGCUGAAUACAAUCCUGUCUGUGCUGGCAUGUCGGAAAUGGUCCAACAGUACACACAACAUGGAUGUCAGCAGUAGUGACACAGAAGGACAUUUAUCACAGUAAGCACAGUGCUGUGAUAAGCCGAUUAAACACUUAGUUUAUUGACAGAACUGUUUUGAU